AUGUCAUUAAGUGUAGUAGUUAAGUCAUCUCUUGUAAAUUCUUCAGAGGAGAAAUCAAAUACCUCAGCUUCUUCGGCUGCCUCUUCUACUAAUUCGUCACCUGCUCCGAAUUCAUUCUACAUCUCUAAGUCCGCCGCCGAUGAGCCCAUAAAGGGAAGUGAGAUUAUCGUCGAAGCUCUCUCAAGGCAAGGCGUGACUCGUGUCUUCAACUAUCCAGGCGGAUGUUCAGUAGAUAUUGACCAAGCUUUAACUCGCUCCAAAACCAUCAAAAACAUCCUUGCUCGUCAUGAACAAGGAGGUGUUUUCUCCGCCGAUGGAUACGCCAGAGUCUCAGGAUCUCCAGGCGUUUGCAUAACAAGCGCAGGUCCUGGCGCCACCAACCUGCUAACCGGCCUUCAGAAUGCCAUGUUCGAUAGCAUACCAAUCGUCGCGAUUACAGGACAGGUCCCAAUGAAAUUGAUAGGAACCCAUGCGUUUCAGGAAACGCCAAUAAUUGAAAUAACUAAAUCAAUCACAAAACACAAUUACCAAGUUCAAGAUGUUAAGGAUAUUCCAAGGAUUGUGAAAGAGGCUUUCUUUAUUGCUACCUCCGGUAGACCUGGUCCUGUUCUUAUCGAUGUUCCUAAAGAUAUACAACAAGCAUGGGCGGUUCCAGAUUGGGAACAACCCAUGAAAUUACAUAGCUAUAUAUCGCGAUUACCUCAACCUCCAACUUCAAAUCAAUUGGAGGCGAUCGUGAGGUUGAUAUCAGAAUCCAAGAAACCGGUUUUGUACGUUGGAGGUGGGUGUUUGGAUUCAAGUGAUGAACUUAGAAGAUUCGUGGAGCUUACUGGAAUUCCUGUUGCGAAUACAUUAAUGGGUAUCGGUGUGUAUCCAUAUUCAUGUGAUCACGAUGAUGAUGAAUUCUCCCUUCAAAUGCUUGGAAUGCACGGUACCGUGCAAGCUAACUAUGCCAUCAACAGCUGCGAUCUCUUGCUGGCUUUAGGCGUUCGGUUUGACGAUCGUGCAACAGGAAAAGUCGAAGAAUUUGCUAGGAGAGCAAAGAUUGUUCACGUCGACAUUGAUUCAUCGGAGAUUGGAAAGAUCAAGAAGCCUUAUGUAUCUGUUUGCGCGGAUCUAAAACUGGUUCUAAUAGGGUCAAACAAGAUUUUGGAACAAUCCAAACAACCUAAGCUUGAUCAUUUUUCUCCAUGGAGACAAGAACUACUCCAACAAAAAAAGAAACAUCCAAUGAAAUAUAAAACAUUUGGAGACCACACAAUUCCUCCUCAAUACGCCAUUGAAGUUCUUGAUGAGCUUAUAACUUAUAAUGAUCGCGAGAACACCAUUAUAAGCAGCGGAGUUGGUCAGCAUCAGAUGUGGGCAGCUCAAUAUUAUAAGCAUCAAAAGCCACGUAAUUGGGUAUCAUCAAGUGGAUUUGGAGCAAUGGGUUUUGGUCUGCCGGCGGCUAUAGGGGCAGCGAUUGCAAAACCAGAUGCAGUAAUAGUUGACAUUGAUGGGGAUGGAAGCUUGUUGAUGAACAUCCAAGAGCUGGCCACGUUGCGGGUGGAGAAGUUGCCGGUGAAGAUAAUGGUGUUGAAUAAUCAAUACCUAGGGAUGGUUGUGGAGUGGGAAAACGAAGACAGGUUGAAUAAGGUUGCUAAUAUGUCGCAUACAUAUCUGGGAAAUAUAGAGAAAGAAUGGGAGAUAUUUCCCAACAUGUUGAAAUUUGCGGAGGCUUGUGAUAUUCCGGCAGCUCGUGUGUCGGAGAAGGCGGAGGUCAAGGCGGCGAUCAAGAAGAUGUUGGAUACGCCUGGACCUUACCUGCUUGAUGUUAUUGUUACACAUCAAGCGGUUGUCCGGCCAAUGAUACCUAGUGGUGGAUCAUUUAAAGAUAUCAUUAUUUAA